AUGGCGGCGGGGCCGGGCUGAGGCGCGCGUUGGCCGCCAUGAGGCUGCUGCGCGCCCUGCUGCGCGGCGCCGCCCCGGGCGGCAUCCCGCAGCAGGUGGAUUUCUACUCGCGCUUCUCGCCCUCGCCGCUCUCCAUGAAGCAGUUCCUGGACUUCGGAUCUGAAAAUGCUUGUGAGAAGACUUCAUUUAUGUUUCUGCGACAAGAGUUGCCUGUAAGAUUGGCUAACAUAAUGAAGGAAAUAAGCCUUCUUCCAGACAACCUUCUAAGAACACCUUCAGUUCAACUGGUGCAGAGCUGGUAUGUCCAAAGUCUUCAGGAGAUCCUUGACUUUAAGGACAAAAGUUCAGAAGAUUCAGGAGCUAUUCAGAGUUUUACAGAUACCGUGAUAAAAAUCCGGAAUCGACACAACGACGUAAUUCCUACUAUGGCUCAAGGAGUAAUAGAGUACAAAGAAAGCUUUGGCAUUGAUCCGGUGACCUCUCAAAAUGUGCAGUAUUUUUUAGACCGUUUUUACAUGAGUCGCAUUUCAAUUCGAAUGCUCCUUAAUCAACACUCUUUGUUGUUUGGUGGGAAAAUUAAUCCAGCUCAUCCAAAACACAUUGGAAGCAUUGAUCCUAGCUGCAAUGUUGUUGAAGUUAUUAAAGAUGGCUAUGAAAGCGCUAAGAGACUUUGUGAUUUAUAUUACAUGAGCUCUCCAGAGUUCAUCCUUGAAGAGUUGAAUGCUAAAUCACCAGGACAGCCCAUGCAAGUGGUAUACGUACCAUCACAUCUCUAUCACAUGGUUUUUGAACUUUUCAAGAAUGCAAUGAGAGCCACCAUGGAACAUAAUGCUGACCGAUGCAUUUAUCCUCCAAUUCAUGUACAUGUCACACUGGGAAAUGAGGAUUUAACUGUGAAGAUGAGUGAUCGUGGUGGAGGCGUUCCUAUGAGGAAAAUCGACAGACUAUUCAACUACAUGUAUUCAACAGCACCACGUCCCCGUGUUGAGACAUCACGAGCUACACCAUUGGCUGGAUUUGGUUAUGGUUUGCCCAUAUCACGUCUAUAUGCACAGUACUUCCAAGGAGACUUGAAACUGUAUUCCUUAGAAGGUUAUGGUACAGAUGCAGUUAUUUACAUAAAGGCCUUAUCAACAGAAUCAGUUGAAAGACUACCUGUAUAUAACAAAGCAGCCUGGAAACAUUAUAAGGCAAACCAUGAAGCAGAUGAUUGGUGUGUGCCAAGCAGUGAACCCAAGGACAUGACUACUUUUCGCAGUAUAUGAACUUCUGAGGAAAAAAAUUAUAAGUAGAUGUAUGUUUAUAAAGGGAAUUAAAAAAAAAAAAAAAACAAAAAACUCUGGGUUACAAGAAGUAACUUAGCCAUAUUUGAUAUGUGAAAAUCAAUUUAAGUAAGAAGUUCAAAUUACUGUUUUCUGCCAGUAUGCAGAAGAAUUAAAAACUGUACAUGCUUUCAGUUUUUCAAUAAAGAAGGUCACACUUAAUUUGUUCCACCUUCUAUUUAUGACUUUUUUCAGUAGCUAAAUCUAGGGAACAGUAAUUUCAGGUUUUAUAGGGACCAAUGCAACCUAUUUCAUAUCUAAUGAAAUGAGGGUAAUUAAUAUAAUUACAAAAUUCUUUUAAUAGAAGAACUAUUGAAAGUUCACCAGAGGAAAUUUGUCAUUACAGAGCGUACCAGAUUAAUGAAAAGCUCAACGCUAUACCUUUGCAGCUGUAUGGCACGUUUUAUUCCUUGAUUCUCAAGCAUGCUAAUGUCUUACUUUCUGAAACUAGAAAUUUUGCCUAAACUUUAUAUUCAAAGUUUUUUUGCAGCUGUAGAAAUAACCACAUUUGGGUCUCUAGAAGUUUAAAACAACAAAAAACCAAAAAGAAGAAGUUUUAGCUGCUGCCAUUGGUAUAAUGUAUCUCAGGUAUGUGGUAUUAGUCAUAUUCCUUUAUAGUACUUGGUUGUAAUGUGAAUAUUUAAUACAUGUGAAAAACUUACCUUUCCGUGAUCAUUGUUAACUAGCACAUACUGUUGGCUUGUAUACAGUAAAUAUAUAAUGUCUUGUAAUGUUUGCUUAUAUUUCUGUAGGUAAUACCAAAACACAGUAUCAGUGUUAUAGCAUCAGUAAUAUGAUUUCAGACUCUGGGAAAUGUCAGGUUACAGCUGUAAGUGAAAACUUAUUUUUAAUAAACAAACAGACUUUUAAUAUUUGCCCUUUCUAGGGCAUCUCUGUUACUUUGACAGUAGAAACUAGCUUCUCAGGAGUAUUUUAAAAACGUGGAAUUAACAGUUUUUGAAAAUACUUUUGUAUUUGUGAUGUGAUUCUGGCUUUGUUUAUGUGAUAAUUUGAAGUCAUACUAUAACAUAAAUAAGGUAAGCAGGACGAAUCUAUCAGUUGAAGGUAUAUUGUCAAAACGACAUAUUGGAGAGGAGAAUGAGUAUUACAUUUCAGGUACGCAGUCCUUCUCUAAUGAAGGACACAACUUCUCUUGAUGCCUACAGUGCCAAUUUUGUUCAAAUCAUACACAUUUAUGUUGCACCUUUGAUUCCUAUUAUUCCUGAACAUUUUGGCAAUGAUGCAGUUAAUGAUGUUUAAAAUCUCAACCUCUUCCUCAGAUAACUUGCAACAAAUAUGAGACUCAGUAUUAGAAGACAAGCAUGAUCCAUCUCACAAAUAAUAAGCCUAAAUUUUGCUAGUUUACAAGAUCAGCUCAGAGAAGAGAGUGAUAAAAAUACCACCCUCAAGUGAAGGGAAUAGCUUCAGAAUAUAUAGAGAAUAGCUUUCUUUAAACUUUAAUGCUUUUAUUGUUUCUAUAGAUCACACUCUUCUAGUUGUAGCUGAGCCAGAUUAAAGGUUAUCACCAUACCUGUGGCCUUCCUAGCCCAGUUCUGCAAAACAGGAUAGUUUUAUACCCUGUUCAGGCUAACAUAGGUCACUUUAACAGGAAUGAAUUGCAGAAUGAUUACAUUUGCAGUUGCACUGACACUCUGCAGGAGGAUUAAUCCAUCUUAAUGGCAACCUAGACAGCACAUGUAACUGUUCCACCCAAGCUUGUGUGCAUGUAGAGAGGUCCUCGUUUACUUACCUUACAAGGAUGUGAGGUGGUGACUUUGAGGUACCUUUCAAACUGCAUGGCUACAAGGGAGGAGAAUAUAUAGCUGUUUCCUUCUUCAAAUUGUAUUUGCUGUAAAAUGUGGCAUUUGUAAAAGUUAGAAGAACCGUUUGCAGCUACUGUUUUUGCUAAACCAAAGCUGAAAGAUACAGCAAGGGAUUUUUAAAAACUCAACUCUGAAGCUGAAUUUUAAUUCUAGCUGUUCUGCUAAGUUUUAAAUGUUAAACUAUUUAAAUAGCUUAUUUGAACUGAUUUUAGUAAUAUCUGAGAAGUAUGAUAAAAGUUUCUGAAGAAAAGCUACAACAAUUUGUUUCCUAGAAAAUCUUUCAAAAGAUUCCGUAUGGUAUUACUGAAAUAAAAAUCUUUCCAUGCUGUCUCAGCUAGCUACAGAUUGCAUUCUGAUUAUUAAGAGUAACUUACCUGUAAUUACACUUUAUUUUUCCCCUUCUUCCAAUGAUUGUGGUGAAAACAGUGUAGUAUAUUUUGGUUUACAAUAUUUAAUCCUACUCAUAGGCUUAAUCUCUUUCUUUUGAUUUACAUGGAUUACAGCCUUUGGUUCAGAAGAUGGAUAUAACAUUUUCAUUAUUGUAUUGAAGUCAUUGCUAGCACACUGGUUAAAACAAAUCAUUGUAGAAAAGUAGUAUAAUGGCUCAACUAUCAAAAUGCUGAGAUUAAUAGUUUUGAAUGAAAAUGGCCUCAGUCUUGCACUGUGAAAUUAAUCUUGGUUUAUAUUAACUUAAUUUUUUGGAAGAGUCAGUGCAUUUAUUCAAUAAAAUUUAUUUAAAAAAUUA